AUGAAGUUCCUUUCCCUCUCGGCCGCCGCCCUUCUCGGCUUCGCCAACCUCUCACUCGCCAGCCCCCUCUACGCCGCCCCCAUCAUCGAGCACGCAGCCCCCAAGUCUGUCAAGUGCGACCCCAAGAACGACGAGUGCCGCACCGCCAAGCAGGCCGCCCCCUUCAUCACCAAGGGCUUCUACGACUACGGCAUCUACGACGUCAAGGAGAUGGCCGCCAUUCUUUCUCUCAUGGCCUUUGAGUCUGUCGACUUUCAGUACAAGCGCAACAAGAGCCCCGGACGACCUGGCCAAGGUACCGCAAACAUGCAGAUGGCGCAGUGGAACCUCAAGUACGCCCAGAGCAUUCCCGAGCUCAAGGACAAGUACGCCGACAUCAAGAGUGUGGACGGUCUCUCCAACAGCACCCUCAACGCCCUCCUCGACGACGUCGUCGACGACAAGUACAACUUUGCCUCUGGUCCUUGGUUCCUGACGACCCAGUGCAAGCCCGACGUGCGCGAGGCUCUGCGAAGGGAUAUCGACGAGGGUUUCUUGCUGUACAUGAAAUGUGUGGAUGUCACGCCUGAGCAGCCUCGCCUCGACGCUCUGAACCUUGCCAAGGAGGCCUUUGGUCUUAAGAAGUGCUAG